GUGGAGUUCAAGACGCGCACCUAAACCAGAUGCCACUACCAGCAGAUUUUUUCUGGCGCAAAAUAAUCCGCGUUUUUUUUUCCACCUCCCUUUGUUGGAUUAGUUCAAGAACAUAACCAUCAAUUCUGUUUUAAAUGAAGAAUGGGCUGCGCAAUAUCAGGUCUAGCAGCAAAAUCGGAGUUUGCAGAGAGAAGCAGAGAUGAAGCUGCUGCUGCGCAUCCCAGCGAGGAGCAGAUUCAGAUGAUUAAAGAUUCGUGGAAAGUUAUUCGGGAUGAUAUUGCCAAAGUUGGGAUUAUUAUGUUCGUCAGGUUGUUUGAGACCCAUCCCGAAUGCAAAGAUGUCUUCUUCCUGUUCCGAGAUGUGGAGGACCUGGAAAGGUUGAGGACCAACCGGGAACUCAGGGCGCACGGCCUGCGGGUGAUGUCGUUUAUCGAGAAAAGUGUGGCCAGAUUGGAUCAGCUGGAAAUACUGGAAACUCUAGCUGUGGAGCUGGGAAAAAGCCAUUAUCAUUACAAUGCCCCACCUAAGUACUACAGUUACGUGGGAUCUGAAUUCAUCUGUGCUGUGCAGCCCAUCCUGAAGGAGAAGUGGACCACUGAGCUGGAAGAGGCUUGGAAGACCAUGUUCCAGUAUGUAACCAGCCUGAUGAAGCAGGGAUACCAGGAGGAGAGCAUCCGACAGCGCCACCUCGCAUCGUCCCCAAAGGACAGACUGGACAAGAGGAACACAGCGCUAUGAGAUUAUGCGUCUCUCAAGCACAACAGACUGUUUUUACUAACGCAGCACAGAAAUGUGUUUAUGUACACUCGCUGACCACUUUAUUAGGUACACCUGUUUAAUUGCUUAACACAAAGGACUUAUCAGCUAAUCACAUGGCAGAAACUCAAUGCAUUAAGGCAUGUAGACAUGGUCAAGAUGAAUUUAUGAAGUUCAAACAGAUCAUCAGAAUGGGGAAGAAAGGGGAUUUAAGUGAGCAUGGCAUGGUUGUUGGGUGCCAGACAGGCUUGGUGAGUAUUUUAAUUACUGCUUCUCUUAAUUUCACACUCAACCAUCUCCAGGGUUUACAAAGAGUGGUCUUAAAAAGACAAAACA